AUGGUAGCCCUAAAACUGCUAUUAUGGUGGGUCGUCCUUGGCGUAGCAGAGGUGAGGGUCACAGGCCGUCUGCUGGAAGACAUGGUGGCCAGUCUGCGCAGUCUGCCCGUCUUUGGCAACAUCCUACAGGCCUCCUUCCAUCCUGUUUACCGCCCCAUGUUGCCGUUGUUGCAUCCUGCAGGACACCGAGAGGACGACUACGGUGACCUCGAGAACCACUGCUUCGAGGACCUAGGAUGCCUCUACACCUCGCAGGACUUCUACCAUCCGUUCCACCGUCCCAUGAACGUUCCACCGUACUCCAGGGAACAGGUGAACGUCAGGUACACUCUGUACACGCGCAAGGAACACGAGGGAACGACAGUCGGUGCCCAGGACGUGAAACAGCUGGUCAACACGAGUUUUAGCCCCUAUAAGAAAACCAAGAUUCUUAUCCAUGGGUUUCUCGACACGAAUACGGUGACGUGGAUGUUGGAAAUGACCAGGGCCUUCCUCCUGCACGAUGACCUGAACGUGGUGGCCGUCGACUGGUCUGGAGGCUCGAGGGCGCUCUACACGCAAGCCACGGCCAACACCCGCCUCGUAGGACUCGAAGUGGCCCACCUGAUCAGACGUCUGCAGGACCUCGCAGGACUCAAGCCCCAAGACGUCCACAUCAUUGGCCAUUCGCUGGGGGCUCAUACGGCAGGUUACGCGGGCGAGAGAGUGAGCGGUCUGGGAAGGAUCACGGGCCUGGAUCCAGCCGAGCCGUUCUUCCAACACCUCUCCGCGAGCGUUCGUCUAGACCCGACCGACGCCAUGUUUGUUGACGUCAUCCACACCGACACCAACUCGAUUCUCGCUUUUGGCUACGGACUGAGGCAGCCGGUGGGGCACCUUGACUUCUACCCCAACGACGGCGGAGAGCAGCCCGGUUGCGAGACCAUUGCAAGGGUUCCUCUCACUGCAAUGACGGACGGCAAUAACCUCCUGGAAGGUCUCGACGCGGCGCAGAAGGACCUGGUCGCCUGCCGCCACUACCGCGCCCCCAAACUCUUCACGGACGCUAUCCUCUCGACUUGUCCUUACAUGGCCUUCCAGUGCGAGUCCUACACAGCACUACCUGGCCGGUUAGACUCCUUUUUAACGACUGGCAAAUGUACGAAUUGUGGCGAGGACGGUUCAAAAUGCGCGCGCUUGGGACUGCAGGCGGAAAAGUGGCCGGGAAGGAACCGGACGAAGCACGUCACCAUGUUUCUCUCGACGGCUAAUGGACCCCACUAUUGCUUGUACCAUUACCGAGUGACCAUAGAAGUGGCUCUCAUCCCCGGCAGGAUAGGCCCACUUCGCGGCCACUUGCGCCUCUACGUCAUCAACGCCAACGGGAAACUACGCGAGCUUCACUUGUCUCACUCGGCCAAGACCUUCCAGCCAGGGAGGAGCUACACAUUCCUGGCGCAUCACCGGCAGGACCUCAGUGACACGCAGGAGAUUCUCGUCCACUGGAGUUACGAGGCGAGUCCUUUCGAUCCUUCCACUUUCUGCGUCCUCUUCUGCGACUCCAGUCUGCCCCUGACCAGCGUCUCCCUCAUCGGCGUGGAUCAGGUGGCGGAUAGGCGAUACAACAACUACCUCAGCGAAGGGCCAGACACCGUGGUCAUGUGCCACAAGCAAGGUCAUGACCUCAUCCUGAUCAAGAGCGGAGAGACCGUGAAACUCGUGUCGUCCCCCAAUUGCAACUUGUUAAGAAAACGCCUCAUAAAGCUUCUGGAAACCGUGUCCGAACCGCUUCGAAACCUCAAGACAGUGUUCGAACCUUUUGACCCACUCGAGACUGCGAAUUGGGUCGUGUAAGGCUAGAGGGAGUGAGGUCGGGUUUUGGGUAAGUUUGGGGUUGAGUUGGGAUAGGUUUUUGGGUAGGUUUGGUUGCGUGCGGGCGAGUUUGGGGGAAGUUAGAGUAGGAUAGGAUAAGUUAGGUUUGGUUAGGAUAGGUUUUUGGGUAGGUUUGGUUGGGUGCGGGUAAGUUUGGGGUAAGGUAGGACAGUUAGGGGAAGUUAAGAGUAGGUUUGGGUAAGUUAGAAUAGGAUAGGAGAAGUUAGGGUUGGUUGACAUAGGUUUAGGUGAGUUUGCAUAUAUUUAGGAGAAGUUAGAUUACGUUUUCGGUAGAUUAGAGUAAGUGGGGAUAGAUUAGGAUACUUCAGAAUAGAAUAAAGUAGAUUUAGGUAAAUUUACGUUAUCUAGGAUGAGUCUGCAUAAGUCGGGACAAGGUUAGGUUAGCGUAGAUAAGAUAGAUUCAAUCUAGUAUACAUAGUGAUAGAUUGGAUUAGAGUAGUGUCAGUACAUGUUAGAACAUGUUACAGCAAGUUUAGGUAGUGCAGGAUAAAUUUUAGAAUAAGUUUGACUUGAUCAGUGUCUAAGAUGAAGAUAAUGUUAAUUUAUAUAGAUCGCUGGCUCACUGGUUAAGCUAAAGGAGUUAGGUCAAGUUAGUUUAGUUAGGUAUUCCUGAAUCAAGUCAUAUUAAACCUUAAUUUUAUAACGACGAUGAUUAUCUUAGCCUAGAAUGGAUUGAAGUUACCGUAGCACAGGAUGAUUUUCAAUUCAUUAGGCAGGUUAGGAUAACAGACUAGCAUAGGUUAGUUUAUGUUAUAUUACGUUUGUUUCCUUUCACAACAUUAAAUUUUAAGUUAGGGCGAAGUUUGAUUGGAAAGUAUGAUUUUGGUUAGGUUAGAUUCAAUUACAUCGUCAGGUAGGAUAGAAUAAAAGAGAUUAGAAUAGGUCAGAUUGUUUAGACUAUCAUACUUAUUUUUCACUAGAUUGGGUUGAGGAAGUUUGGUUAAGUUAUGUUUGUUUUAAUAGCAGAAUCAUUUUUGGAUAAGUUAAAUUCAGUAGGUUCGGCUAAACUAGUGUAGAUUAUGAUAGUUACUUUAGGCUAGAUUAGUUUGAUUAAUUUGGAUAAAGUUUUAGUAUGACAGGAUCAAUUUUGGAAAAGCUAGAUUCAGUUGGAUCGCAAAGUUAGGUUAAAUUAGUCUAGAUUAGGUCAGGUAGGUUAGGUUAGACAUAUUAAUACAUAUAUAAAGUAGGUCAAUAUUUUUGUUUUUCGAAGGAAGGG